AUGCAGCAAACACAACACGCGGACACGAAAAGCGAUGCGAAGGUUGCUUCGCAGGACGUUGGUCUCAUCUUUGUACGAGAGUACUAUACCUUUCUGAACAAGCAGCCACAACGAUUGCAUGCAUUUUAUAACAAGGAUUCGUUGUUUUUGCGAGGCGAUGAGGGCGAAUCGGCCCAGAUUUACCGUGGUCAAGAGGAAAUCCAAAGCAAGAUCGAAGAACUGCAAUUUGAAGACUGCAAGGUGCUUGUCACUCAAGUGGACAGCCAUUCAUCGGCCAACGACGGCAUCCUCAUCCAGGUGUUGGGUGAAAUGUGCAACAAGAAUGAACUUUCGCAAAAGUUCAGUCAGACGUUUUUCCUUGCCCCGCAAGCCAAUGGUUAUUAUGUGCUCAAUGAUAUUUUCCGGUUCCUAAAGAAUGAGGUCAACAUUGACUACUACACCUGUGAGGACGACGAGGCUCAACAUGAACAGCAAUUGGAUCAGCAAAAGGUCAAGGCACAGCAAGAAUUGGAACAAAAGAGGGAACAGGAGCAACAGCUACAACAACAGAAGCAGCAACAGCAACAGCAACAAAAGAAGGAAUCUACUGUACCUAGUGUAGAAGCAUCACCCAUUGCUGCUGUUGGUGACAUCAAGGAAGAAAAGGAGCAACCCCAACUGCAGCCUGUCGAGCCUGCGGCAGCUGUGGAAUCGGUCAAGAAGGAAGAACCCAAGAAGGAACAGGUGGAAGUCAAGGAGGAGGUUGCGGAAAAGAAAGAACCUCAAGUGAAUGGUGCAUCUACUACCGCGACUGCUGUACCUGCAGCUGAGGCGAAUGGCAAGGAAAAACCAAAGGCGAUGAAACAAGAAUCCGAGAAAAAGCAUCAGCAGCAGACAACGACUGCGAAACCAUCCAAGCCAAGCGCUGCAAAAACAUGGGCUAACUUGGCUGCCAAUGACUCGGACAAAUGGGCAGAUGCCAAGGCACCCGUGACUGGAUCAUCCGUUGGCCAACAACCCAAGCAACCCGGAUCGCCUUUGCAACCUCAGGCACAAGCUCAACAACCACAGCAACAACAACAACAACAGGCGCAACAACAACAGCAGCAGCAGCAGCAGCAGCAGGCGCAACCAUCUCCUCAACAACAACAACAACAUCAUCAUCAUCAUCAUCAAGCACCUUCUCAUCAGCAGCAACAAGGCCACCCUCACGGUCAUGGCCAACGUAGAGAAGAAACACAAAUUUUCAUCAAGAAUGUAAACCAGCAUAUCAAUGAGGACAACCUUCGUGCAGCAUUCGCACAGUUUGGCACGGUCAAGGGCGUGAAUGUUGUGCAUGCCAGGAACUGUGCGUUUUUGGAUUUUGCUUCGACCGAAUCGGUGCAAAAGGCAUUGAGCCAACACAAGGUGCAUGUCAAUAACCAGAUUGUUCUGGCCGAAGAACGUCGUCACAAUGGCGGCGGUGCCGGUGGUGGUGGUGGUGGUGGUGGUAGAUACCAGCAUAAUCGCCAGCAGCAGAAUGGACGUCCGUAUGAACGUCGGUUCCAGCAGGAUGGCGGUGGUCAUCGUCGUGGUGGCGGUGCGCCACGAGGAGGCAAGUCGCGUGGAGGAGGAGGAGGAGGAGGUGGUGGUGGUGGUGGUGGUGGCAGUGGCACUGGUCCGAAAUAA